GGAAUGACUUCCCUGUGUGUCGUCCGCCAUUUUGUUGCUGCACUCAGUGUAUUAAAAACAAGGAGAAGAAGAAGAAGUAGGGGAAUUUACUCGAAAUACACACCAAACAUGAUUUCUGCAGCUCAGUUACUUGAUGAAUUAAUGGGCCGAGACAGAAACUUGGCUCCGGACGAAAAAAGGAGUAAUGUUCACUGGGAUGACGAAAGCGUCUGCAAAUACUAUCUUUGUGGAUUUUGUCCAGCAGAGUUAUUUACAAAUACUCGUUCUGACUUGGGUCCCUGUGAAAAAAUUCAUGACGAGAACUUGAGAAAACAGUAUGAGAAGAGCUCUCGGUUCAUGAAGGAGGGCUAUGAGAGAGACUUCCUGCGGUACCUGCAGAGUCUUAUGGCUGAGGUUGAACGCAGGAUUCGCAGAGGCCAUGCAAGGCUUGCUCUGUCUCAGACCCAGCAAAGCUCUGGAGCACCUGGACCCUCUGGAAAAAAUGAGGAGAAGAUUCAAGUGUUGACUGAGAAGAUAGAGACACUUGUAGUGCAGAUUGAGGAACUCGGCUCAGAGGGAAAGGUGGAGGAGGCCCAGGGAAUGAUGAAGCUUGUCGAGCAGCUCAAGGAAGAGAGGGAGCUGCUGAACUCCACCACCUCCACAAUCGAGAACUUUGCAGCCCAGGAGAAGCAGAUGGAGGUGUGUGAGGUCUGUGGGGCUUUCCUGAUUGUGGGUGAUGCUCAGAGUCGAGUGGAUGAUCACCUGAUGGGCAAACAGCACAUGGGAUACGCCAAAAUCAAGUCCACUGUGGAGGAGCUGAAAGAGAAACUGCACAGGCGGCCAGAAGAUUCCGAAAGAGAGGACAAGGGGCGGAAGGAGAAAGAAGAACGUGAGCGUGAGCGAGAGGAACGGGAGAAGAAGCGACGGAAGGAGGAAGAAGAGAGGGAGCGUGAAAGGGAAAGGGAGCGCGAGAGGGAGAGAGAGAGGGAGAAAGAGCGUGAGCGAGAACGAGACAGGGAGCGUGAUCGGGAUCGACACAGCCGGCACAGUCAUUCCCACAGCCGACAUUCCAGCAGAGCAUCGGAAAGGAGGAGAAGCAGAUCCAGAGAACACAAGCGAUCGAGGAGCAAGGACCGGGAGAGGAAGCGUAGUAGGAGCCGAGACAGAGAGAGGCGGCAUAGCCGCGAACGCCUCGACAGGAAGCACCGCUCCCGGAGCCGGGAGAGGCGGCGCUCCCGCAGCACAGAACGCAGGUCCCACAAACGCAGGAGCCACAGCAAGGAGCGAGAACGGCGCUCCAGGGACAAAGAUCACAAGGACGUAGAUGAUAAAAGCAGCAAGAAAAGAAGCAGCGGCGAAAAGCCCAGCGAAAUGUCUAGGGCCGAGCCGAUGGAGGCAGAGGCUCCCAAGGCCCAGCUGAACGGCACCACCGAAGACAUACAUUCUGAAGGUGACACUCAGUCCAAUUAAAACUGAUCUGAUAGGACCUCAGAUCAGGCCAAGGUAAGUGUAUUCUCCUCCCAGGUCUGGGUCCCCCCCCUUAUCCUUCCUUUUUAGUUGUUUGAUUUGUCCCGUUUCCUACAGUGCAGCGUAAGUAUGCACGGAAGAAGAUGGAACUAGACAGAUGAGAAGAAAAUAGAAACAAACACAAACCCAGAGGAAAAACCAGUGUAGUUCUGCAAAACAUGCUGGAGGUACUUUGUUUUGUAUUAGCUACGUAUUCAUUUAAGUUACCUGAACCAAAAAAAGAGAAACACAAUACAAAGUUCAGAUUGUGCCUCUUGUUCUGAAGGUGAAGCCCAUGUUUGUUCACACGCAAGCUCCCCCCCCACUACUCACUUUGAUUUGUUUCCAUUUUAUAUACAGUUCAUAAACCGUUUUACAUCUCACCUAAACUUUUACAUUUUUUUUAGAUAUCAUUUAACCUGACACUGUUUGAGGCACAGGGGGCUUUUUUGGGUUUGUUUGUGAAUGCAGUCAUUUUUUUCCUAGAUACAAGGAUGUAUGCAGUUUUUUUUGUGCUUCAUUGCUAUUGCAUUCUAAUGCACUUUGUUCUGAAACUUGAGAGCCAAUAGCAUUGGGAUGGUGGAAGUGUAGGGUAAUGAAUUAUUCCAGCUGACUUCCAUACCUCACACAGCGUUGGUGUUGUGAGCGACCCAUGAAAGCCAAAUUAAAAAUCAAGGAUACUGUCAAACUGUGCAGGUACUCAUCCCAGGUACUCCUUUCUCUACCCACGUCAAUGUUUGAAUGCUGUUGUCUGUAAAGCCUUUUAAAGCUUGCAAUUGUGCAUAUCAUUUCAUAGAUUUAAUGGUUUGUUUUUUUCCCUUUUCUGUGUAUGUAGUGGGCAGUUUAGGUUAAAACUCAAGGGUUAGGAUUGCUUUCGAUAUUUUAAAGCGGGUUAAGCAUUCUUAAGUGAAAGUCACAAUAGCUUAAAUUAGUGCUUAGGAUAGAAUUCGUUUUGCCAGUUAAGAAUUUGUAAUGCAGAGCCACACUUGGCUCAUGUUAUACCAAAGGCAGAAGAAUUGUUUAGUACAGUUUUGUAUGUUCGUCUAGAAGGCAUUUUGCAGUACCUGACUCAUCUGAAUUUUUUUCCCCUCCAAUCCAAAGAGUGCUUUUGGAGGAAAAAACAGCAUGAGAUGGCUACUUAUUUCAGCAUUAAGUGAAUCUUUACGGCUUGUUCCUGUAACAUGUCAGUGAAGGCCUUGCUUAUUUGAGAGUCCAAGUGUUUACAUUUUGUCUAAACUUGGACUGCAGGAGGGCUCUGUAAUGUGGAGUUACCAUAUGCUCUUUCUCCAUGAGUUGUCUUAACUGUUUGCUUUCUGAACAUUUGUACACAUCAGGGGAUGCCAGGGAAGAUGAUGAAGAUUUGCCUGUCCUGACCCUGCAAUUCUGCUGCUUAAACAAGGUGAACCAGUGAUGUAAUGAACUAGAAAAACACCAGUGAGAUACACCAAUGUAAAAUAGGUAUUCCUACCCUUUAAAAGCUCAUUUUGUUCAUAAUGCUGCAAACACUACUAUGAAGUAUAUUCAGUUAGGUUCAGUUCUGUUAACCAAACUAUACAGCUUUGUUUCCAAUAUAAAGAUAACUAUUCCCAGCUUAUCGAUUUUGUAAACAUUUGUAGUGUUCUGCCCAAACUAACACACUGAUCUACCCUUUUGUAUAAGGUGCAGAGUCCACCUCUAGCUGUAAGAGGUUGACCUUUUUUUUGUGUUGAGAUUUAAAAACCUGUAUAUUUUGUGUCAUGAAUAAAACUACAAAACUA